AUGGCCGAAGACGAUAACUUUGAUCUGGACAUCUACGGAGAUGGAGGCUACAAUGGGCAGGAAGAGCCAGAACUGAUUCUCGAUGCCCCCGAGACUAAUGGCCACGAGGGAGGGCAAGGUAAUGAUAAUGCACAGGCAGCAAACGGACAAGCCGCAACACCGCAGCAAGACUCCACCUCUCACAACCAGCCCACACAACAGCAAACCCAGCCACAACAACAGCAACAACAACAAGGCCUGAAGCGCAAGGACAUGAAUUCAUCGGGCUCAGGAGAUCGCCCAGUAGACCCAGAUGCUACUACCGCGCUUUUUGUGUCGGAGCUGUUCUGGUGGACCACCGAUGACGAAAUCCGUAGCUGGGUGCAGGAAGCUGGUGCUGAAAACGACUUGAAGGAUGUUACUUUUAGCGAGCACAAGGUGAACGGAAAGAGCAAGAGCCAAGCUUUUGUCGAAUUUACCACUCCGCAGGGCGCCACCGCAGUAAAGCACCUCAUUGAGCACUACGCCAACAGCGGUCAACCCGGUCGCAAACACAGCGCCAACUACACCAGCCCUCAUCAGAACCCCUUCCGUACCCUCCCCAAGGACGCCCCAGCCCGCAAAGACGAUCGCAACAACCGACAGUUCAACCAGACGGGUAACCAAAACUACGGCAUGAACAACAACAUGGGCGGUGGUGGCGGAGGCUUCCGUGGACGUGGCGGAUUCAACAAUCGAGGCGGAAUGGGUUACAAUAAUAACCGCAACUUCUCUAGUGGCAUGGGAGGCGGCGGCUUCCAGGGCGGCGCCGGUGGCGGUCCCAUGGGUGGAGCAGGAUUCCAGAAUCCGAUGGGCGGCAUGAAUAACUACGGAGGUUUCAACAAUCGCGGAGGAAACAUGAUGGGCGGCGGCAUGCGCGGUGGUCCUAACAUGCGCGGCGGACGCGGUGGUGCUGGCAACAUGGGCGCUGCUCCUAAUAUGAUGGGCAUGGGCAUGGCUCCGAUGGGAGGGAUGGGGAUGAAUCCGGCCAUGGCAGGCAAUAUGAACCCCAUGAUGGGUAAUAUGGGCAUGGGCUUUCAAGGCGGAAACUUCAACCCCAACUUUGGCGGCGGCUUUCAGGGCAACCAGCAAAUGGGCGGUGGUGACCAAGGAGCAUGGAAUCCACAUGGAGCAAAGAGGACGCGACAGGAGUAG